UUUACGUUAGUGACUCGUGAGUCUUGAAGGGUGACAGCCCAACGCUAGACUGCCUAGGAUACCGCACUUAAAAAAAAUAAAACAAAAAAUUAUUACACGUACCGGCAUUUAUGUGCACUGUAUUAAUGUAACAUUUUAAGCAUGGCUGCGGAGUUUUUAGUGAUGUUGUACGAGUAUUCUCCUCUCUUUUACAUUACUGUCAUAGCAGUAUGUUUCAUUAUCACUGUGGCUGUUGUGUUGGGCUGGUUUGGAUUUGAUGUCCCGGUCAUUUUACGCAGUUCAGAUGAGACUGAAUCUCUAAUACCUGUCAAUGAGAGGAAGAUGGUGCAGGUGACCAAUCCCUUCGCUUUGGAGAUGGACUCUAGGGCUGGUACAGUAACUGAGGGUGUGAGUUUGCGGCCGUAUUGUCUUGAAGACUGCAUCCUGAGCUGUUUUUGGGGUUGUGGGGUCCAGGCUCUCCAGGCGGCCCUUCAGAGGCACCAGCGUGGGCUCCGGCUCAGCACACCAGAGCUGUUUCAAGAGGCUCUGGAAUUAAACUACCAUCACCACCAAAGCUUCAAUAUACAUAAAGAAGAAAAAGAAUACUUCACCCAGAUGCCUCCAGAUCUCGGAGUAACCGAUUUUGGGUUGCUCCCCCGGGAUCGAUACCCCUUGGUGGCUGUGCUGACACUUGCCAAUCCAGAAACCAGGGACAACUACAAUAUUGUGGCCAGUGUGACAGUGCUCCACGUUCCUGAUGACAAAUACAGACUCUCUGUGAGAAUAUUGUUUCAGUAUCUUCUCACGGCACAUGGGAAUUUGUACGAUCUGAAGCCUCUCUUCAUGUCAGCAGACAACAGCAACUUGUCUGGAACCACAGAGCCUUCAACUAGCACGCAAGGGGCGGAGCCACAGCCCGAAAGGCCAGGUGAGAAGGGGGAGGAGUCUGAUGCAGAAGGGGAGUGGCCUGAUACCCAAGGCAGGGACUGUGUGGUGUGUCAAAAUGCACCGAUAAACAGAGUGCUGUUGCCAUGCAGACAUGCAUGCGUAUGCGACGGCUGCGUGUGCCACUUCCAGCACUGUCCGAUCUGCCGGGCGUUUGUCCUUGUAUCUUUUGCUCUGGCUAACCGACCAGCUCACGAUGAGGACUUAACAGAAGACUAAGCCUGUGUAAACUCAGUAUUAAAAGCAAGCCUUUGCUGGAAAGGCUAAACUCGAAAAGGAAACGUAGCAGCUUCAAGAUAAAGAGUCGCAGGCAGCUGACCUUUAACCCCACGUAUGGACACUUCUAGAAUGAUGUCAGUUUUAGGCUUUUGAAGUUGAGUGUGCUUGUAAGAUUUGUUUAAUAUAGAGAUUUUAAGUUGAAUAGGAUAUUUAUUUAUUUUUGUCAAUAUAUUGGUUUAACUAACAAAUAUACAUUUCAGAAGGAAUCAUUGUGGAGUUUUGGAGAGAUACAGUGGGAGGUUAUCUUAUUUCUUUAAUCAUUGACUUUAAUGAUGUGGAAAAGCAGGCCAGGCACACACAGUUUAUAUAACGGAUCACACAGAUUUCUAGAGCCGUAUCAUCUUACAAGUCUACACUUGGCCAACAGGUAAAUAUUUUUUAUCAAACUGGGGCUAAACAAUGCAUUAACUGAAUAGCUGAAGUCACUUGAUGGUAGUAAUGGAAAUGGAUCAUCAGAAUGCUUUAAAAUAUUGAUAA